AUGUUGACUGACGAACGAAAAACUACCCGUGAGCUGGCAGUCAGGCGAAUGAAUAAAAUUAGAAAUCAAACGGAUCUUCACACAGAAGUCCGAGCAUUCAUUUCACCCAAAUUUAACUUCGAUACAGAAGACUAUUAUGACCUAUUUCAAACUUGGAAGGAAAUACCUCUCACUGAACCACCUCUUUUAAAACAAGUAUCUGAAGACAAUUUGCAAGAAAUUGUCAAAGACUACUCCAAUUCUUUGGUCAUUACGGAAAUAAUGGAGUUCCCUUGUCACACUCAAGCUGUAGAAAGGGCAGUUAAACUUGUGACAGAGUCUUCUUUAUUAGUGACUGAUCCAAUAAGGCGCGAUGGAGUCAUUAGGAACGCCAUUUUUUCCAGGGAAGUGAUGCCAAACUUCUCUCCUACAUCAAACAGCAAAAUUUUACAUAGUGUUCCAGUCAACAACUUUAGGAAGAUGGACCUUCUGGAGGAUUUGGAGAUCCUUCGUGAAAUGAACUUGAAUCCCGAUCAUUGUUUAAACACUCAAAUUCACCUAAAUUAUCCCAGAGUCACCGAUUGGUGGAUGAUGUCUAGUCCGUUACCAACAUUACUAAUUUGUAUAUUCUACGCAUAUUUCUCUAAAGUCCUAGGGCCGCGAUUGAUGGAAAACAGAAAACCCUUGGACCUUAGGAACGUCUUAAUUAUUUAUAAUUUAGUACAAACUAUUUUUAGUUCUUGGAUUUUUUACGAAUACUUGAUGAGCGGCUGGUGGGGUAGUUAUAGUUUUAGAUGUCAACCUGUGGAUUAUUCGAAUAAUCCAGUGGCGUUACGGAUGGUGAGGACGUGCUGGUGGUACUACUUUUCCAAAUUCACGGAGUUUUUCGAUACGCUGUUUUUCAUAUUGAGGAAGAAAAAUAGCCACGUAUCCACCUUACACGUGAUCCAUCACGGAUGCAUGCCAUUCUCGGUCUGGAUGGGACUGAAAUUCGCACCUGGUGGUCACAGUACUUUCUUCGCUUUAUUAAACGCCUUCGUUCAUAUAAUCAUGUACUUCUACUAUAUGGUGGCAGCGAUGGGUCCAAAGUACCAAAAGUAUAUCUGGUGGAAGAGGUAUCUAACCACUUUACAAAUGGCGCAAUUCGUGGCAAUUUUCACGCACCAAUUCCAGCUGCUGUUCACCGAAUGCAACUAUCCCAAAGGUUUCAUGGUUUGGAUCGCCUUACACGGGAUCAUGUUCCUGUUCUUAUUCUCCGACUUUUAUAAAGUCAAAUAUUCCCAUAAAAAGGCUGUGAAGAGUAAAGAAAACAACGGAGCUUGCAUGCCUCUUUUGGACGACGACCUGCCCAACGGCAUCAAGAAAUCGCACAGCAACGGCACCUUAAACAACACGUACAUCAAAAGCGAGUACACCGAUUCGUGCGAGGCAUGCUACUCGAACGGCAGCACGAAGGGCUUCGUCACGCAGUCCAUAGCCAAACACAACAACAAAAAAAUCGAGUGAAAAACGUUAAAAAACAACCGAGCGCACUUCAAAAUCUUAAUAAUAAACAUUACCGGGGCUUUGAAUAAGCGUAAAUGUGUUCGCCGCCGAUGACAUGUUGACAAACGUCAGUUACAGUAAUACUCUUAUUAAACUAACAUUCGUGGCGUUUAUCAAAAUAAAUAAUCGUUUAUUAAUCAAAAAAUUGAAAGUAAUCGAUAAUUUUCGAAUUAUCGAUUAUUUUGGAUUAAUCGAUUAUUUUUUAUGAAUCGAUUCUUUUCGAUUUCGAAUAUUUUUGAUGAAUCAAUUAUUUCUAAUGAAUCGAUUCUUUUUGAUUAAUCGCUUAUUUCUAUUAAUCGAUUAUUUUCGAUUACCCAAUUAUUUUGGAUUAAUCGAUUAU